AUGCACAUCACCAACCUCCUCACCGCCAUCAUAACAACCUCCGCCAUCCUAUCUUCCACAGCCACGGCCUGGGAUUUCAAAAUCAAAAGACACCCCGGAACCAGCUGCUCCGGCAACGGCGGACCCGUGCGGGAAUUUAGCAGAGGCUCUUGCCAACCGUUGUACUCUACAGACAAGGAUCUAGAGGUCAUCGAGCAUGUAGAGGGGUGCAAAAGUAAGAUCAGCUCCCCACGCGCGUCUUAACCCAAGAUGACUUUCAACGCUUGCUUCUCGGUACUGACUGGUUAAAAUAUAGUUAGAGGAUAUCCGGGCGGCAACUGUGACGGCGGAGCCAAGACUGCCUUCAGCUCUCAUCAGUGUCAUAAUGUGGAUGGACUGUGGUCUUUCAGAAUGGAAUGUUAG